UUCUGCAACCCGACGAUAUGAAACACGAAUAUUUAUCGAUAUUUUUUACGGUUUAUUGACAGUACAAUUUUGAUAACAUGCUCCAUAUGCAUAUUAAUUCAGAUAUUCUUUUUUUAGUGCGGAGUUUGUUUUUCUUUUGCUGUUUUAUAAUGCAUUUAGUUAGUAGCAGAACCAGUCGACAAGUUUAGCAAUUGUUAUAUUUUCCACGAAAAUAACUGUCAAUCAUGGUUUCUUAAGAGGAUACAAAUUAAUUUUAUCUUUUCAGUCGGAAGCAUUUAAGCUUUACAUGCUUAUCAUAUGACAAAGUCACAUGACUGGCUGUGAAAAAAUACGUAUGUGUAUCAAUGAUAGUGACUGCACUUAAACUGAUUGACACCUGUGCAAUUUAUCCGAGAAAAUAAUAAAUUUUAGAAAGAGACUCAUAAGAAAUACGUGUAAAUACAGUACUGCGGUCAACUUCGAAGAAGAUUUAAGUCAUUUAAAGUACUCCUUUAACGAUUCCGGUUUUUGAGAAAGACGGGACACAUUGGUGCUCUACUUUGUCAUACACUAUGGCACGGAUCGUCACUGAAGAUAUUGAAGCAGUUAUACGACAUUACCAUAGAAUCGGAUAUACACACACAAUAAUUUGUCAUCUUUUAAACCAGCGACAUGCUGUUCCUAUGAAAUAUGAAUAUCUGAAAAGAAAGGUGUUACCAAGGUUAGGACUUAACAAUAGAAGAGGAGUUUCAAAGUUGACAGAUUUUGAUAUUGUGUUAUCUACUAUUGAGAGGGAAAUGGGUUUGAAAGAGGAUAUCAGCAUUGCAGACAUGCAUCAUCGUUUGAAAGUCAAUUAUGGCUUUGUUGUCAGACGGAGCCUUGUCAGAAGUAUUGUAAGAAUCUUAGAUCCCAUUGGCACUGCUAACAGGAAGGGUAACAAGUUAAAGCGACGCUGUUAUAUAAGCAAAGGACCCAAUUGGAUCUGGCAUUUAGACCAAUACGAUAAAUUGUCACCAUUUGGAAUAUGUAUCACUGGAUGCAUUGAUGGUUUUUCACGAUACAUGAUUUGGCUUAAAGCUGGUGUAACCAACAAGCAACCAAAGCAAAUAGCUGCAUGUUUUCUGCAGAGUGUUGAAGAACGGUCAGCUUGUCCACAUAUUGUACGUGCAGAUGCAGGCACUGAAAAUGUGACAGUUGCUGCUAUGCAGAAUAUGCUCAGAGAAAACAAUAAUGAUUCCAUGGCGGACAACUCGUUUGUGUAUGGAAAAUCAACACACAACCAAAGAAUUGAAAGAUGGUGGGGAACUCUAAGAUCAAAAUGCACAGACCGAUGGAUAAACCAUUUCAAGAAACUUCAGGCGGAAGGAAAUUUUGUGGUAGGAAGUAAGCUACACAAAUGUCUAGUGCAGUUCUGCUACCUUAGUUUGAUAAGAACGGAAUUAGAAGAGGUUAAACAUUCCUGGAACCACCACAGGAUACGAAGACAGACUUUGGGAGAUGUGGUUACUGGAAUUCCAGAUCUUCUUUAUCAUAAUCCUGAGCUAUUACGUAAGAUACUGAAUUUUCAAUGA